AUGGUGGAUGAACAGUUUGCUAGUAAAGGACGGUGGAUUGGUCAUUGUCGUGGGAUGUUUUCAGCCACACAUGCUGAUGGCAUCGAUUCCAGUGUACAGAUUGUAGGUCUACGAGAUAAAAUUGACUCCGUACUGGAAUCGUGUAAAAGAUUAAGAUGUAUUGAUAAUACCGAACUCCAAUGGACGGAAAUAUUAGAAGAUUUUUCUUCGUAUAGCGCAUCACUCCAGCUGCUUCGUGAUUUUUUCACGUUAAAUUUAAAUCAACUGUCAGUUAUACCUUAUGAAGUUCCACCGGACUUACAAAUAAUUGCAGCAAUACCCGAUAUGUUCUCCACGACACCUUCGGAAGAAUAUAGAAGCGUUUUAAAAGACAUUACAACAAGGCUGAAAUCUAGUGAAUGGGAUAGUCAAUUUAAGGAUAAUAUUUUUCUCAAAGAUUCACGACAGCUACGUCUACAAAUUCAAAAGUUCAAUUUGGACAUUGAUAAUGCUCGUGAGAGUUUUUUUGACUUGGCAUCAGAAACUUUUUCAAUUUUAUCAAAAGCUUGUAGUAAGAAUGAGUCAUUACAACCUUCGGAAAUGAAGCCCGUAGAUCAGCGAAAAUUGCAAGAAUCAAUGCAUGAGAUGUUAACGAGGCUUUACAGGAAUACAUCGUUAGCGCCUGCUCCAUUGCGUUAAAUUUUGAGAUGACUUUAGAGCGUAUACAAGGAUAUACUAUGUAUUUAUUAUUUUUUAACCAUGCUAGCAU